CACUAGCCUCAUAAAAACCGCAAACAACAGGGACUAAACUGCAUACCCCGAAGGAUCAUUGUUCGCUGACGCCGCCUCCUUUGGUCCUUCCUCUCCUCCCUUCCCCUCCGCCGCGAUCGAUCCCAAGAGCACGAAACCCUAGCCCUAGCCCUAGCCCCACCCAUCUUCUCCAUGGCCAACAGCAACCUCCCCCGCCGUAUCAUCAAGGAGACGCAGCGGCUGCUCAGCGAGCCAGCUCCUGGGAUCAGUGCUUCACCAUCAGAGGAGAACAUGCGCUACUUCAAUGUCAUGAUCCUUGGCCCAACUCAGUCGCCAUAUGAAGGAGGAGUAUUCAAACUUGAGUUGUUUUUACCUGAAGAAUAUCCAAUGGCUCCGCCAAAGGUUCGCUUUCUCACAAAAAUUUACCAUCCAAACAUUGACAAGCUUGGGAGGAUAUGUCUUGAUAUCUUAAAGGACAAGUGGAGUCCUGCCCUUCAGAUCCGAACAGUUCUUUUGAGUAUUCAAGCACUCCUCAGCGCUCCAAAUCCUGACGAUCCGCUUGCUGACAAUGUGGCAAAGCACUGGAAGGCCAACGAAACAGAAGCUGUGGAAACAGCCAAAGAGUGGACCCGUGUCUAUGCUAAUGAUGCAUGAGCUCUGCAUGCUAUGACUGAUUGCUCAGUAGUCUUGGAAAGGUGAGGUGAAAUCGACUAUCAAGUGGUUUAAAAUGGAGGUCCAACUGAUGAACUAGUGAAAUGUGAAGUUUCCUCCUUGCAUCGCGUGUACCGAGUGUGAUGUAUAUUAUUACCCUAGUUGGGAUGCGAUGGACCCAUGUGCGUGUAUAUUUCGUCGAGUGUUGUACCGUAAUAAACAUCCUGAAGUUAUGUGUGCCUUCUCUUGCUCUACAUUAACUUCUUGGCCUUUCCUGGUUUGUUUUUAUGAAGUGUUUGAGAAUUUGUUGCA